UUUUUAAAUAUUAAAAAUCUUCAAAAGAAAUUUAAAGCAAGAGACCAAUUACAAUGCUGCCAGCUUUAUGUACAGGGAAGGAUGUUAGUGCUCAAGAAACCAGACCCAGAUAACGCUGCUGCAACUGCUCGUUGGCUUGUUUCUCAGAAUUCUUUGGGUUUUUUAAAUACCAUUUCAAUGGAUUUGGGAGGAGCACCCAUUGGGAAUGUUGUUUCAUUUAGUGAUGGGCUACCUAAUGAAGGUAGUGGCAUCCCCUACUUUUAUUUGACAACUCUUGAUCCAACUGCAAGAAAUGCAUUGAAAGACCACAGGUCUUCACUCACAAUCAGCGAAUACCCUAUAGGAACUUGUGGCAAGAAUGACCCUGAGAACCCCACUUGUGCAAAAAUUACACUGACUGGAAAGGUAUUGCCCAUAGAAAAGGCCUGUUGUAAUUUUUAUUUGGUUUUAGUAUAGAAUGAUGAAUCAGCUGUGGCAUAAGGUGCCUAAUGACUAUUUGUGAGAAGAUUAUUUUGCCAAUACUGCCACAUGUACGCAUAUAUCACAGGCACCUUAAUGCUUCUCCUGUUUUUUUUUCUUCUGAUUCUUUUUAGAUAUUUCUGUAAGUAUUGUGGAAAUACACUUAAAUGCUUGUAUAUGUGCAAUUUUGGUCAACUUUCAAAUUUAAAGACUUAUAGGAAUCUUCCAUUCAUAUUCCAA